GUGUCUCUUCGCAGUGGAAGUUCUGAGGAGGUGUCGGAGAAUUCUUGCCCUGAAAGGCUGACGUCAUACAUUUUGGUUCCACAAUGGACAGGAUUUAUAUCGGACGCAAUGCCAAGAGUCAAUCACAGCAAAGGGAGAAGAAGAACAUCAUCAUCAUCAUCUCUGACAGCAUCAUGAAGACUCUCUGCUUCACUCUGGGGCUGCUGCUGCUCACCGCCUGCUGCUGCAACGCCAUGCCUAAAGCUCUGCAGUUCAACACAGCGCCUGGAAACUGCUGUUUCAAUGUCUGCACGCGCAGUUUACCAUUGAAGCGGGUCUCCAGCAUAGCCAAGACCCACAGCUCCUGUCUGAAGCAGGCAUUCAUAGUCCAGACUAUCAAAGGAAGACAGAUCUGCUACAGUGGAACUUUCCAGUGGGCUCUGGAUGUCUACAAUCAGCUGCACAUUGACAACAGCAUUCAGCAGCACUGAAGAUGUAUUAUCAUAUAAUACUGUGAUCAAUUAAUGCCUGGUUUUGCAGGCCUAUAAAUACAUAAUUUUGUAUUUUAAUAAAU